UGCCCGGGUUUAAUCCUGAUGAGAGCUUGAUGRUGGUGAAGGAGUUGAGAAURUCAGGCUGCUGUUGGYAGUACACAAAUACAGUAAGUUCUCCCUUAAGUGGAUCGCAGAAAACACAAGAGCUUCAGGUAAACCUGGAACACAGGAAACAAGGCAAAUAGAGACUGGAGAUACAAGAGACACAGGAAGUUCAYUAGAAAUCUAGAGCAUACUAGAGCUACCAUCAUAGGUGUAGCUUUUACUUGUAUAUCGUUUUAUCAACUGCAAAGGACCCAAAAUGCUUCACACUACACCCUUUCACACACCUAUUCACACACUGAUGGUGUCAAGCUACUGGAUAGCAGCACACAGACAGGAGCACCGGUGCUGCCAUGCACUGGUCCUUUGACCACCACUAGCAGUCAAGGUGGGUGAAGUGUCUUUCCCAAGGACACAACAACCAACUAAACUAAUAGUCCCUGUGUGGAUCAAAAGGUGGCUCCUGCCGUCAAAAAUGACCCCUUUCCUGGUGACUGUGAAGGACAAUUCCCACACGGUUUAUUUGUGUUUUAGUACAAAGCCUCCAUAGACUGAAAUUAAUUAUUUAUUUCAACCUUGUGUAAUGUAUGUUUUAUUUUAAGAUUUGAGUUGUUUACUCCUUGCUGUAGAAACAACUAAAGGUUUUGUGAUCAUAUUGGUUGGAUGGAUGACAUCAGAUAUCUAAGGAAAAAAAGAAAGGUGGUGGUGGUAACUAUUUUUAUCCUGUUGGUUUUAUUUCCUCUUUAAAAGUCUGCGCCUCCGUAUAUAUGAGUUACUUAUAGAGAAUGACUCCUUCUCUGCAGACCUCAUGAACAUGCACAGUACCAAGUGUAACAAGUUUGAGGUUUCUUUGCCAUAUUAUGUACAAGUUUUGAAAGGAUCCUGCAUGACUAUCCCCUGCUCUUUUGACAUCCAAAAUGAAUUUGAAGGCCUUUUGAUUAGCACAUGUAAAGCAAACUGGGUCAUUUACAAUCAAGAAACACAACUAGUAAACCAUACAACAGAAAACCUACCAAAGAAAGACUGUACUACCACCUUCAACAAUAUGCAGCCUGAUCAUAGCAAAACCUAUUACUUCAGACUGGAAUGUCCCAGUCAGCUCAUAUGGACCUAUGCAAAUGAUUCUGUGAAAAUCAAUGUCACAGAUACUCCUCCCUCACCAACUCUGACUCCGUCCACUCUGGAGGUGAAAGAGGGAGCCUCUGUGAGUCUGACAUGUUCUGCCCCAGCUCCUUGCCCGUCUCAUCCUCCAGCUUUGACAUGGUCUCCCAAACUGGGGGAGAGUCAGGUGAAACUGCAAGAGAAUCAGGACAAAACUCAGUUUCAGACCUCCAUUUUAACCUUCAUUGCCUCACAUAGCCAUGAUGCAUUUACUCAAGGCACUCUCAGCACUUUGUAA